AAAUUUUAAUGAUAAUAUAGUAUUUUAUACUGUUUUUAAUUUAUUUUUUUUUUGUUUUAAAUUUUUUGUUUUGUUACUAAAUUCAUGCUACAUGCUUUAACCAAGAGACCUGUCAUAAGAUUUACUUUUUUUUAUUGAUUAAAAAUAUUUUUGAGAUGAAACAUAAAAAAUGUGGAUUUUGUCAGUACAUUGGUUUUCCACUAAAAAACAAAAAAUCAAAAAUUGAAAAUUGGGCUUGCAAUUUAUGCAAUCACUACAGCAUGGGAAGUUCAAUUUACGUAAUUUUAUUUGGCCUCAUUGGGACCGUAAUUACUGCCUUUGAUAUUAUUCGAAUUGUCAAAUGUCAAGUGCCAGAAAGAUUUAAUGCCAGGCAACGUUCUAGAAAUAUUGUUCCACAGGACAUUGAACGAGACCUUAAGCUUAUGACUUCAAUAUUGGGAAUUGAACAUUACACCCAAAUAAUGCUUGGAGCAAUAACGGAGUAUCCAAUGCUAUAUGUCCCUUGGCUUUUGAUGCAAUUAUGUCUAAUGAUCGUUGAAAUUUUCAUCUUUUUAAUUCGUCUUGUUUCCGAUGGACUUUACAUAAAAAGAGAUGAAAUACCACUUGCUCUAUGGAUCGUACACAAUUGGCUUCAAGUAUUUUGCCUAUUUUAUCAUCAAAUGCGACACUCAUCUCGUUUAUUCGAUUAACAAUAAUAAUUUAAA